AUGACGAAUAAUUGUCCGCGGACGAGGGUUCUGGUCGCCGGGUGUUCGUACGCAGGCAUCGCUACGGUCGUGAACCUCCUGGAUCUCUGCCUGGGCAAGCCGGCGCGGGGGGCACCGCACAAAGUACCACACGAGUUGGCGGUAAAGGGCGUACCCGUUGAUAUUCACAUUGUUGAUGAGAGAGAUGGAUAUCGUGAGUUUUCCAACUUUUUUUGGAAUCCUUUCGAGAUGUCAAACGCUCACGUGUAGUGAAAGUCCAUCUCAUCGGCUGCCCUCUGGCUUUCGCUUCCAACGACGCCGCGCCGAAAAUGUGGGUGCGGUUUGAGGAUGUUCCAGCCUUGCAACAUCGAAACGUGCGAUGGACGCAGGGAAGCGUUAUAAAACUGGACGCGGAUCGACGUGUUGCUCACGUGAAGCAUUCGGCCUCCGGCGAGCUCGUGGAAUAUGCGUAUGACUACUUUGUCGCUGCCACCGGAUUGCGGCGUCAAUAUCCGAUCGUACCCCAGACGCUGACGAGGAAAUGCUAUCUCGCUGAGACGGGUGAUCAUAUCGAGACUGUAAAAGGAGCGAGCGAGGGCGUUGUCGUGAUCGGUGGAGGCGCCGUGGGGAUCGAAAUGGCCGCGGAAUUGAAACUCACGCAGCCGAAGGUUAAAGUGACGUUGGUGCAGUCGAGGGACAAAUUAUUGUCUGCGGAAGCCUUACCGGAUGAGUUCAAGGCUGCCGCUCUGGGGGCUUUGCAAGAAAUGGACGUGGAAGUCGUCUUGGGACGCGGUCGGGUGAUGGAGACGUCCACUGUCGAGGAGGACGAUGGUAGCUCGGUGCAGAUACUGACACUCGGCGAUGGAACGGUACUGACUGCAAGCCAUGUUAUCAACGCGGUAUCGACACAGAUCCCGGUCACGUCGUACUUACCCCCUUCAGUUCUGGACAAUGGAGGCCUCGUCAAGAUCAACGAGAAGUAUGCAUGCAUCAUUCGCCCUUCUCGCCCUUUCUCACCGGCUGGCUAACACUGCUCCCCCCCUAGUCUGCGUUUCCUCGACCAAGGCAAGAGCCGUCGCCACUACGCCAUCGGCGACAUCGUAGCCUGGUCCGGCAUCAAACGCUGCGGUGCCGCAAUGCACAUGGGCUUCCUCGCCGCCCAGAAUCUCCACCAGCAGAUGCUCUCCGAACGCGAGGGCAUCGCACCAGACUUCGUCACGUACCCGGAAGUGCCCCCGAUGAUCGCACUCGCUAUAGGCCGCAAGGCGGCAACGUAUGCACCGGCCGAGGGCGUUCACUGCGGCGCAGAGCAGAUGCGGAUCUUCUUUGGCGACGAUUUGGGUUUCACGGGUGGGUGGAUUGAAAACACGCCUAUUAGAGCUUCGCGUGGUUUGCUUCGCUAACCUGGUGUUGACAGGUUGCUGGAAUCAUCUGAAGCUAUCGGAGCCGGCGGAUGGCACCGGAGUCAGCACGUAUGUUGCUCUACCGCAGACGGCGCCGUAUCGGGAGAUGCAGCAGCAGAGCGCGGUCACAGCUUGA